AUGGGAGUGAUUUUUGACGCUGAGCUGGUUCAAUCAACUGAACAAGUCGAGUUGUAUCUUCGCCGCCAAGCCUUAUGUAAUUCUAACAACAACGACAACAAUCUGGACUGUGUAGCGGGUCCAGAGGUCACUCCAGUCGACACUACUUUACGUUUAAUCAACAACCGACCCUCGUCCGCAUUCAACGAGGCCACAGGCCGACAGCACAGGCAAAAUGCAGGCUCCAGUAGUGACACCGGAAGUGGUGAGAGACAAGUCGGACGCAAGGCCCAGAUGUCCAAUAUCACGGCCGCAAAGACUGUUGCGGAUAUUAUAAGAUCAUGUCUCGGACCCAAAGCGAUGCUGAAAAUGCUCCUCGACCCUAUGGGAGGUAUUGUCUUGACCAACGAUGGCCACGCCAUCCUGCGAGAAAUCGAAGUUGCCCACCCCGCAGCCAAAAGCAUGAUCGAAUUGAGCAGAACUCAGGAUGAAGAGGUGGGGGAUGGGACGACCACGGUGAUCAUCUUGGCCGGAGAGAUGCUUGCGCAAGCCAUCCCACAACUGGAACGGAACAUACACCCUGUCGUAAUCAUCCAAGCAUUCAAGAAGGCCCUCACAGACGCUCUGGCGAUUGUAGAAGAAAUAUCAGUACCAGUCGACACAUCCAACGACAAGUCCAUGAUCUCUCUCAUCGAGUCCUCCAUUGGAACAAAGACCAUCUCCCGAUACUCCGAACUCAUGUGCUCCUUAGCCCUGAAAGCCGUCCGAACCGUAUCGCAAGAUCAAUCCUUUUUCUCCAGCAGUGUUCAGACAAACGGCACUAGCAAACCUUCCACUACCACAAACGCCACAAGAUCACAGGAAAUCGACAUCAAGAGAUACGCGCGAGUGGAAAAGAUUCCAGGAGGAGAGAUCGAAGACUCGAGAGUAUUGGACGGAGUUAUGCUAAACAAGGAUAUCACACACGCUUCCAUGAAGAGGAGGAUAGAGAACCCCAGAAUAGUUCUGCUGGAUUGUCCUCUUGAGUACAAGAAGGGGGAGUCACAAACGAAUAUCGAAAUCACCGACGAGGAUUCAUGGAACAAGAUCUUACAGAUUGAAGAAGAGCAAGUAAAGAAGAUGUGCGAAGCCAUCCUCGCCGUCAAGCCUACCUUGGUCAUCACCGAGAAGGGAGUGUCAGAUCUGGCCCAGCACUACUUUGUCAAGGCUGGCGUGACGGCAUUGAGGCGAGUACGGAAAACAGACAACAACCGUAUCGCACGAGCCACGGGCGCCACGAUCGUGAACCGGGUCGAUGACCUUCAAGAGUCAGACGUGGGCACAGGUUGUGGACUUUUCGAAAUUGAGAAGAUUGGCGACGAAUACUUCACAUUCCUCACAAAGUGCAAAAACCCGAAAGCCUGCACGAUUCUCCUCCGCGGACCUUCAAAAGACAUCUUGAACGAGAUUGAACGGAACCUACAGGACGCCAUGUCGGUCGCCCGAAACGUCAUGUUCCAUCCUCGACUGUCUCCCGGUGGCGGCGCGACAGAAAUGGCCGUGUCGGUCCGCCUGGCCCAAAAGUCCAAGUCCGUCGAGGGCGUCAUGCAAUGGCCUUACAGGGCCGUAGCGGAGGCGAUGGAAGUCAUUCCUCGAACACUGAUCCAAAACGCCGGAGCCAGCCCGAUCCGCAUACUUACCCAACUUCGCGCCAAGCACGCUGAAGGGAAAUCCAGCUUUGGCAUCGACGGCGAUACCGGCAACGUGGUGGACAUGAAGGAGUACGGCGUGUGGGAGCCCCAGGCGGUCAAGACGCAGAGCAUCAAGACGGCCGUGGAGAGCGCGUGCUUGCUUUUGCGCGUGGACGAUAUCUGUAGCGCAAAGAGCGCCCAACAAGCUGGUGGAAACGGACUGUCCGCGGGCGCUGGUGGCGAAGACUAA